AUGAAUAUUGCAUUACUGUCCCAAGGACUUUUGUCCAUGAUUGUAGCACUUGCGCAAAUUCUGUUGAGAUCACUUCGUGUGAAUAUUCACCUCUUAGAAUGCCCUGUUGUUAUGGAUAUAGCCUUUAUGAUUGACGUGUCAGGAAGCAUUCCAUGGCAAGACAUUGCGGAUGUAAAAGAGAUGAUGAAGAAGGUCACGUCACGUUUCUUAAUCUCUUCAACUGGUAAGUAACCUUUUACCUGUAAGUUACUGACUAUUGUCGACCUCGUCCUCAGUAAUCUGAUCUAAAACGAGCACAGCUUUGGAACAGAAUGAGGUUAAAUACAUUUUCCAUGGCCUAUACGGGAAGGCUCCGUCAAAAAGGGGUACAUUUUUGGGUCAAACUUCAGUUAUAUUGAGAAAAACGUAUCUCGCCGGCAAAACUCGAAAAACUAGCAAAGUUAUGAGGCGGUAUUUUGUAGACUGGAUACAACGUCACGGAGGAAUUCAUUGUUCUGCUGGCCUGGACCGGGUUGCAUACAAACCUUCUUAAGAUAAGAAGGCUCUUAGUUUUUUUUUUUCUGAAACAAUAACCUAUUGCUUGUGUUUAAAAUGAUAGUUACGGAUUCCAUUAAGAUGUUUUCUGCAACCCGAUCCUGGACCCCGAGGCCCACGAACAAAAGAAAAAAAUCAUGUCUAGGGAGAAAAAAAGGAUAAGCUGUCAGGAGUGGGAUUCGAACCCACGCCUACAAGAGUAGACUGCGACCUGAACGCAGCGCCUUAGACCGCUCGGCCACCCUGACAACCUUGAUGUCGUAUGACAAGAGUCUCUUGCGUAUGAUAAUUAUUUACAUCAGCAAACGGGUCAGUUCACGCUUUGGGUAAAUGGUAAGCAACAUUCAGGACUAAUCAAUUUCAUCCCGGAAUUGCGUUUUCAAUGUGUACAAAUCCAAACCAUUUACCGAAAAACGGCUGAGAAGGCCUGAACCUUCUAAAAAAAGGUUGCUUUGAAGAAAUUGAAUGGAACACGAAUUUCCGUUUGAAAAAUUCCGCCGUUCGUAAAAACCUGACUAUUUUUUUUAAAUGCUCCGUUCCUCCCGGGAAUUUUACGCUGGAACGACACGAAAAGUAGUCGCGUUUCAUUCACUUUCCAACACGGUUUUCCAGAAAGGUUUUGUAAAUUGUAAACAUCCGUUAACUCUACACCAUUUUCUGCAGUUCUGCACUCAUGCUAAUAAAAGCUAGGCUGCGUCGCCGCUAUCUUCGCGACGUCAAAGGCCCGGGGGGGGUACUGCCAUAUAUGGGGUAUAUAGGUAUGUGCCGCUGUGAAGGGUAUGGUUUUCAAGCAGUUUACUCUAGGAUAGGGUAUAUAAAUCAGAGCGUUUGGGUCUAGAAUAGGGUAUCAUUUUCAGGAAACUGAUCAGUUGGUUGAAGAUUUUAUCUAGACAAGGGAAACAGCUACUCUAGGAUAGGGGGAUUUGUUGAGUUUACUCCACUAUAGGGUAGCAAAAUUCAGCUGAACUAGCUCUGGUAUAGCUUAAGGGUUCCAGGGUCCCAGCGGCACAUCCCCACCCAGAAAUUCUUAAAGUACCCCCCCCCCCGGGGUCAAAGAUGGUACAGCAAUUACAGUCAUUGACGUCUGAGUGAACGAUGGUAUAACUUUCAAAUUUGGUAAGCGCCAGCUGGUUUUGAAGAAUUAAAUUAAUCUACAGAUUAGGCCGAUUUGCCAGCCAAUUUUCUUAAGAAUAAAUAAAAAAAAAUUCACCAUUAUGCUUUUAGAAAACAUGAUAUAUGAUACAGAUGUCAUGAGAGGAUUAACAAAUAAACAGAUACAGCUCUUUGUUUCCAUUUUAGAGACGCAUGUGUCACUUGUAUCGUUUUCCCAACAAGAAAAUAUGCUGCAUUCUUUCAAGGACAAACAGACAAUCACAGCUAUUCAUAACACCAUAGAGCAUUUAACACAUCCCGGAGGUGGAACGAAUAUGACUGCAGUCUUUGGCGAGGCUCGGGAUUUGUUCUCAAACGCCAAGGGUGGACGAAGUCACGUGACACGAGUACUUGUGUUGGUCUCAGAUGGCGACUAUCAGAGUAAGUUUCCGCCCAAGGAGGCACCCCGGGGGGUUCAAGGGGGCACGGAAAUAGUACUCCUUUUUGGGGGGGGGGAAGGGGGCGGGGUAAAAUUGUAGUUUCUUGCUAUCAGUGAUGUCUUUAUAGUAACAACAGAGACAGGAUAGGAGUUGCUCGCAUUUAUCUCUACAGAUAAUAUAACUCCCACACUUUUUUUCUCUAUGAAGAGCACGAACGAGCCGUGGAGUCUUCACAGAGAGUAAAGGAAGAGGAAAUCACAAUCAUAACGAUUGGAGUAGCUUCACCCAGUACCAACGAAGAGGUUUUACAAACAAUCGCAUCGUCAAAAGAACAAUUCCUUCUGUUUCCACAAGUAGGGUCAGCGGCUAGGGUGAACCUGAGCUCUGAUGAAAUCACUGAAAUGAUUUGCAAAGGUGAAAAAGUGUCAAUUACUAUUAGUAAUAACUUACUCUCUAAAAAGUCAUGCAGUCAGUCAGUGACAUACUAGUCUACUAUAGCUAGUCACUAAUCAGUCAAUCAGUCGGACUUUCUAGCGUGAAUCUAUUGGCUGGUAAAUUUUUCCAAGCGCGUUUACUCAGUCUUGGAAAGAAUCUUAUAAAAAAAUUAGACUGCAUGCCACGACUGAGUUGAUCUGAAUACUGUCUUUUUUCAUUAAGAGUCAAACUGAACAAUAGUUGUAAUACAUAGUAAUAGUUGCUAUCUGACUAGUUAAAGAAGGUAGCAGGGGGGAAGGGAGGGGUGGGGGCGGUUCUGUCAGGAUCGAGUCCACUCUUUUACAUAAUAUAUACACACUCAGGGAGAAGUUAAGUCAGUGUUUGAAUAUGAUUUAUUUGUUUGUUUUCCGGUAAGUCAAGAUUGAAAUUUUUGUAAUCUCAUUUCGAUAUUAAUUCUGCCAAAUUCCCGUUUCAUGGAUCUCUUUUGGUAUACUAGAACAAAUCAAUAACAACUGAAAAUAAACGGUAGAUUUCACAUUUUCUUUACAGCAGCGAGAAAGCCCGAGGCAAUCGUUCCUCGAGUGAGGGAGAACUCAGCCUUACAAGGACAUAUCAUCAUUUCGUUAUUGGCGGAUAGUGAACUGAUAUGCGCCUUGAAGUGUUUGAAUACAGUGAGCUGCUUUUCUUUCAACUACAGAUCCAAUGGACAAACGUGUGAGCUUAAUCAUGCAAACAAGUUGACUUCUCCUUUUGAUCUUAUCUGGGAUCUUGAUUCUGUCUAUUAUGAAAUGGUCUUCACUUCGGGGAAACAAUAUUAA